AUGUUCAACGCUUCUACCGCUGAGCUUCCGCCGCUCCCGUCCUACACCCUUACUCCCCGCCAGCCGCUCAUCGCCCCUAUUCCGGAUAAUGUCACAAUCCUCAUUCUCCCUAUAAUCGCCUACUGGGCGCUGUCCAUGAUAUUCCACUGGAUAGACGUGAACGACUACUUUCCACAGUACCGACUUCAUACACCCGCGGAGAUCCUGAAGAGAAACCAUGUCAGCCGCUGGGAGGUGGUACGAGACGUCAUUCUACAGCAGAUUAUCCAGACCCUCUUCGGCAUCUUGCUCAUAUUCUUCGACCAGCCAGAGUUCAAUGGCAGGGAAGAGUAUGAUGUUGCCGUCUGGGCCACCCGUGUCCGCAUCGCUCAGCGUGCUGUGCCCCAACUUAUGACGCUGCUGGGAGUUGACGCCGUGGGCCUUGCGGCCAAGCUCUCGGGCCAUCCCAUUCUUGCUGCUAUCGUGUCAGGGGGUCACUACCCGUUCCUGAAUCAGGUGGUCACCUUGCCAUCGGGAGAAACGGCCACGGCUCCAGCCUUUGCGGCCUGGGAAUGGGCUGUUGGCUACGCUAUAUACUACUACCUCAUCCCCACACUCCAGUUCGUAUAUGCUAUCACCUUCGUCGACACCUGGCAGUACUUCCUUCACCGUGCUAUGCACAUGAAUAAAUGGUUAUACACUACGUUUCACUCUAGGCAUCAUAGACUAUACGUACCAUAUGCCUUUGGUGCUUUGUAUAACCACCCGUUUGAGGGCUUCCUUCUCGACACAGCCGGCACUGGUCUUGCAUACCUCACCUGCGGAAUGACCACUCGGCAGGGAAUGUGGUUCUUCACCUGCUCAACACUCAAGACUGUUGACGACCAUUGCGGCUAUGCCUUCCCCUGGGACCCGCUUCAGCAUGUUACUGGAAACAACGCGGCUUACCACGACAUCCACCACCAGAGCUGGGGCAUUAAGUCAAACUUCAGCCAACCAUUCUUCACUUUCUGGGAUCGCUUACUCAAUACCCGCUGGAAGGGUGACGUCACACUGCGAUACGAACGGUCCCGGACCGCGGCGCAGAAAAUGGUAGACAUGGAUUUGGCCAGUUGCUGUCAGAGUGAUGAUGUACAGGAGCAAAAACAGACGCCACAGCCAGAAGCUCCCGUUGUGGCUUCGCGGGACAACGAUGACGCAUCUACUCGUUCUUUACUGAAGCGGAGUGUCCGCAAAACCACCAAUUCCUUUUCUCCCCAGUCAGAUUCGCUCAAGGGUCUGACCCAUCGUCUGAGUGGCAGCAUCCAGCAUAAAUAA